GCAUGCGUAUGAUGUGCGUAGCUUCACAUCGAUUGUAGAAGGAUGUCCUCAGUUUUAUCUGCACUAAAUAUACAGACAUUUCUGAUUGGAAUAAUAGUUUUACUUAUAGUUUAUAAGCUUCGUCGAAGAUGGAAAUAUAAAUUACCACCAGGGCCGUUCACCUGGCCUCUGAUUGGGAAUUAUGAAGUUAUGAAAGCUAAGUUUCUUCACGAAAUAUGUGCAAAAUACACGAAGAUAUAUGGACCUAUUUUCACAAUAAAACUCGGACCUUUUCAGAUGGUUGUUCUAAAUGACAUCAACAGCGUCACAGAGGCAUUAGUUAAGAGGAAAGCUGACUUUGCCAAUAGACCAUUUAUAAAAUCAGUUGACGUGUUCACGGAGGGAGGAAGUGAUAUUGCUUUUGCUAAUUAUACACCGACAUGGAAACUUCAUAGAAAAAUUGCUGGAAAAGCAUUAAGGCAAUAUUUAGCUGGUAAUCGGUUAGAAGAAGUUGUUCACAGUUCAAUGAACAAAUGUUUAUCUCUGAUGGCUCAAGAAAAUGGACCAUUUGAUCCCGAAAAUUACAUUGAUUUAAUGGUGUUUAAUAUUCUUCAUGCAGUUUGCUUUGGAAAAAGUGCAGAAUUAGAUGACCCGGAUUUUGUUAGAUUUAUGAAAAUUGACAGGGAUUUCACAGACAUUAUAGGAAAGGGUUUCGUGGAAGAUAUGUUUCCGAUUAUGUACAAAAUCUAUCCUACUAAGAAAUACAGAACAGUUAAAGACAUUUUCGACGAAAUGAUAUCUAUUAUAGCAAGGAAAUUCAGAGAACACGAAGAAACGUUUGAUUGUGAUAAUAUAAGAGAUUUUACUGAUUCGUUAAUUCUGACGAGAAAGGAAGCAGAACAAGAUGAAGAAAUGAUGUCCCAAUUAACAGACACCCAUCUCAGACAAACUUUAGUAGACAUUUUUCGUGGUGGCAUUGACACGUCUAGAGUAACUUUGUACUUUGCUGUUCGUUACAUGGCUGGGUUACCAGAUAUUCAGUGCAGAGUUCAGAACGAAAUUGACAACGUUGUCGGAAAAGAUAGAUUACCUGGGGUUAAAGAUAGAGAAAGUAUCAGUUACACAGAAGCAACCUUACAUGAAGCCAUGAGACUUGGCACAGUAUCAGCCUUUGGUCUACCUCACUAUACCAUGUGUGAUACACAAGUGGGCGGUUAUGAUGUUCCAAAGGACACAAUGGUUAUGAUUAACCACUGGGCACUUCAUCAUGAUCCUAACUACUGGAAAGAUGUGGAGAAAUUCGAUCCGACACGCUAUCUCGACGAAAAUGGAAAACUUGGUAUGAAACCAGAAAGCUGGUUACCAUUCUCUGCAGGAAGACGCGUAUGUCUAGGAGAAAGUAUUGCUAAACCAGAACUUCAUUUGAUUUUUGCAACGAUUAUGCAAAGAUUCGAGAUAACCAUGCCAGAUGGAACGAAUCCUGAAUUAAUACUUGGUGGAUCUGGUUUGAUUCCACAACCUGCUCCUUUUAAAAUAAUUGUUAAAGACAGAAACAUGACAUGACUUCCUAGAAGUAUAUUUCUAGUGAGGUAGAUAAAAAUAUAUCAAAGUGUAUAACUAUGAUAGACAAAUAUCAUGUCUUUUAUCAAAAUUUUGUAUAUAGUAGUCUUUAUUUUGAAAUUCAGUUAAGAUUAAUACUUCACUUUUAGGCAAAACAAAUCAUUUUAAAGUUUGUUUUCAAUUGUCAAU